GAAGGUGGAGGCCGGACACUUCCGGCGAGAACACCGGAAGUUUACCGGCGCACUCGUAGCGCUGAACAGCCGCAAUGGUCGAUCCACGGCGGCCCGCGCGGGUCACGCGGUACAAACCGCCCAGCACCGAGAGCAACCCGGCACUGGAGGAUCCCACACCGGACUACAUGAACCUGCUGGGGAUGGUGUUCAGCAUGUGCGGGCUGAUGCUCAAGCUGAAGUGGUGCGCGUGGAUCGCUGUCUACUGCUCCUUCAUCAGCUUUGCCAACUCCCGCAGCUCCGAGGACACGAAGCAGAUGAUGAGCAGCUUCAUGCUCUCCAUCUCUGCCGUGGUGAUGUCGUACCUGCAGAACCCGCAGCCCAUGUCCCCGCCGUGGUGACAGAACUGUGCAAAUAAAGGGGGGUCUGUACAAUUAAA